AUGAAUACCGUAAGUUAUGUGAUACCAUAUGCUUUGUGCAUAGGGGAUCCGCAAUCUAUUAUUCAACCUUCUUCCUUAAAUUACUUUCAACAAUGUACACAAAUUGGAUCAUAUCAACCGUACAAUUUAUUACCAACGUAUCCAUUACCGUAUCUUUGGCAAUGUCCUUUUCAACAACAGCAACCAGAUAGAAAUAUUACAAGUACUCAGCCAUCAAUACAAAGAAUGGGAGGUUCGGUAAUGGUUUAUCGACUGAUUUUCCGGCCACCAUUUACAUGGACCUUUAAUUGCUUUUGUGAUUGCGAAGAGUUUGUUGUUCUUUCUACCAAAAAAAAAAACAAAAAACAACAAAAAAAAAGAAUAUUAUUUAUAUACCACGUGUUCCUGGGACAACAUGUAAAUUUCACUGAAGCUGACAAAUAUGUCAAAGGUCAACUACGUGAAGCAGUAAGUGGAGUAACUUAA